GCAGGAAGCAGUUGUCACAACUCGCCUGUCAAAAUCAAUUUACUGGUUUUUAAACUCAUUUGUUUGGACGCUAACAUCAAUUUGCACAUUAUGGCUCAUCGAUUUUCAAAAGAAGAAUUAGAUGAGCAGUUUGAAGAGUUUCUGAAAGAGUCUCUUUCAGAUGAUUCACUUGGAAAUUCAAAGAAAAAAUCCAGCAUUCUUGAGACGUUGGGACAGCCCAGGAAAAAAGAAACAAAGAAAAAGGAUUCAGUGCCAUGGUGGAUAUCUGAGGAAGAUUCGGAUGGUGGUGGAAUGCUUGGAGGCAAUGGAAGCUUUGUCAAGAUGCAGAACACUUCCCAGCCUAUGGGGGAAACUGAUGAGAAUAUGCAAGUGGAAAAGAUGCAGCUUCAGAAAAGUAAUGGAGUUGCUGUCUCCUUAAGCAGAGACAGCCUGGAGACAAAUGAUUCAGUUUUAGCUUCUGGGCCUAAUCAAAGUAAUGUGGGAGUUGGAUUGGAUACCUUGGAAGAAGAAGAAGAAAAAGAGAUCUUCUUUGCCAAACUUGAACGAGAAGCUUCCUCUACUAUUGAUUAUUCAAGAUUAAAUAAAGAGCUGGAUUCCAAUGAUUCUGUAUUACUAGCACCAUUUGUAAGAGAUGAAAAAAAUGAAAAAGAUGAGGAAUCCACACAUGAAGAGAGAUCUGGCAGCUACAGUGAAGAUUUUGAAGAAGAAACAGAUGCUAAUCCUGCCUUUAAAACUGAGGGGAGUAAGGUGAAUGAAAACAUCAUAUCAGGAGUUGAUUUAAGUCCUCAAAAACAGGAAGAAGCAAACACUGGCAUGCUAGCUAAAGUUGUAUUACUUGAUUCACAAGAUUCAACUACAGAACUUCAAAAGGCCGUUGAAACAUCAGAUGUAGCUCUAGGUGAACAUUAUCUGCCUGAAGAAGUCAGUGGAAUUGAAUGUAAUGAAGCAGGCACUUCCUAUGGACAAACCACCAGUGACAUCGAAGCGUUACACCAAGCAUACCAUCAUAUUGAUCAGUCCUUGGGAGACACUGAUGAGCAAAAACUGCAAGAUUCUGCAAUGGCAGUCUCGGAAUGCUUAGUGCAGGGUGUUUCACAAAAUAAUGACAUCUAUUCAAACAACAUGUCAACUAUUGAAUCGGACUUACCCACUGUGGAAGAAUUGAUGAAACCAAUUAAAGGACAUUCAUGUAAUAUCAGAAGUGUUGAUGUGGAGCCUGACAGUCCUGUGAAACUGGUAGGCAGCACAGCAAAUGACCUCAUCAGCCACUCACCCUUUAAAGAACACCAGAAUAAUACAGUUUGGGAGACAAACUUAUUUGAAAAAUUUAACAGAGAAGAAAGCAUCUUUCUGCAGACAGCUGUGAAUGAUGAUAACGUUCAGAGGGUGACUGAGAAAGAAAUUCAGACCAGUGAAGUACAGCCUGAUGUAUUAAGAGAAAUAAUAGUACAAGACUCUCCACUUCCACAACACGGCAGCAAAACUAAACAAGCUCUUCGAUCUUGUUCCUUGAAGAAUGAAAGAUCAGAAUCAAUGACAACUAAACCAAUGUUACACAAGAAUAUAAGAAGUCCAGCACCUUUACAUAAAAAGAAAUCUUCAUAUGGUCCUCAUGGGGUGGUUAGAAGUUCUGGGUAUGGGAAACCUGCUUCGCUCUCAAAACAGUCUUUUCCAGCUAAUGAAAAGAAAGCACCAAAAGAAACUUUCAAAAAGACCAGUGUGAAAGCCAAAAGUCCUGCAGAUAGAGCAAGAUCUAAAGAAACCUUAUUUACUACUAGGAUAAUAAGAUCUGCAACAAAUGAACAAACUUCAAAGGGAAGUAUUAACAGAGUUAUGUCUGGCCAAUCAGUUGUUAAUAAUCUUGGACACCAAGCUGUGGAUUAUAGCAGGCAGUAUCAGCAUGAUUUAUCAUUUUCUCCUAUCAAAAGUUGUGAUAGAGAACUGUAUUUGCUAAAACGAGUGCAAGUUGCAGAGGAAGACCUGAACACAGCUCGUGAUUUGAUUCAACAGCUAACCAGCACAGUUUCACAAAAAGAGAAAGAAAUGGAGGCAAAGAUAGUAGAACUGAAAACACAGCAUGAAAAGGAGCUUUCUCGGUUGGGUCAGGAAAACUAUGUUCUCCAGAGUAAGCUAAGAAGUAUGGAAGAGCUGACUCAAGAAAAGAGACGGACCCAUCAUACAGCAACAGUUCCUGUCACUGAAGAAAAACUGGCACAAAUACAAAAAGAAAUCGAAGAUCAAGAAGUCAUUAUUCAAGGUUAUCAGCAGGAAAAUGAGAGGUUAUACAAACAAAUGAAAGAGCUACAGAUCCAAAACAAAAAAAAUGAGGAACGAAUGUUUAAGGAGAAUCAGUGUUUAAUGUCUGAAUUAAUCACCGUAAGAGAAAAGAUAGAAAAGACUAAUAAUAUCCAGUCACGGAGUGUGCAGGAUUCUGAGCCAGCUAGAAAUCACAGUUUCACAGAAUUGAUUGCAGAGCUUCGAGCAGCACAGAAGGAAGAAACUAAAUUACAAGAAGAGAUAAGACAUCUCAAACAAGAUAAGCAAGCUCUUGAGGUAGACUUAAGACAAGCAAAGAAAGAGAGAGAUUUAGCAAAAGUUCAGGUUGCAUCCACAUCAGGUGAGAAGUCUUAUGAAUUUAAAGUUAUGGAAGAAUCAUACAAACAGGAAAUUACUCAUUUGAAAAGAAGACUUCAGUGGUAUGCAGAAAAUCAAGAUCUUCUGGAUAAAGAUGCAGCCCGUCUUAAAGAUGCAAGAGAAGAAAUUGAGAAACUAAAACUAGAGGUUGAGAAGCUCAGAGCUGAAGCUGGAGAUCAGUGUGUGCAACAGAAGAAACGUUUGCGAGACAGAGCAGCAGACGCUAAAAGAAUUCAGGACCUUGAGCGACAAAUCAGAGAAAUGGAAGGAAUUCUUAAAAGAAGGUAUCCAAAUUCUUUGCCUGCUUUGAUUUAUGCUGCUGCUGCUGCUGAGAACACUAACGAUCUUUCAGCUAAAACACACACAGUGGAUUUUUUGGAGAAAAGAAUAAAAAAGUUAGAAACGGAACUUGAAGGUAAAGAUGAUGAAGCUAAAAAAAGUCUCCGUGCCAUGGAACAACAAUUUCAAAAAAUAAAGAUCCAGUACGAGCAAAGACUUGUAGAACUUGAGCAACUACUUGCCUACAAAUUUAUAAGUGAAUCGCCAAAACUGAAUGGUGACAAAGCCAGUUCUACAGAACUUGAACAGGAGCUUCAGAAUCUAAAGAAGACCCAUCAGAUCACCGUUAAAAACCUCCAGACAGAAAUCGAAAACCUUAAAAGUCAAAAUUCCCAAUUAAAACUCAGAAGUAAAAAGAAUAAUAAAGAUUUAGAGUCCACAGACUCUCGAAUGAAACAAGGUAACACAAAAGACAGAUUGUUAAAACUAAAUGAAGAGCUGAUCACCAAAAAUAGAGAAAUACAAGACCUGACAAAAACGGUAGAGAAACUUCAAAAAGAAAGGAUGGCGAUGUUGUCUGAUAAUAAUUUGAGAAAUAAAACAGAUAAUAAGGAAAACUCUACAGAGAUCUUGAAAAAGAAUACCUUAGCAACAGAUAAAAGGAAUUCCAGCAACAGCGAACCCUUUCUAAGCAUUUUCAACGAUGACAAAAUAUACCAACCGCAUACCUUUUCUGAUUCUAAUCUCUCGGAAGUUCUGCAAGAAAACGCACAGCUGAAAGAGCAGCUUGAAAGACUGUCUCUAGAAAUGAACCAGCAGAGGGUGAAGUCUCAGGCAACACUGGCUUAUUCUGAAAAUAACAUACGAAGGAUACAGGAAGACACAGCAGAGUACAUUGCAUCUCUGAAAGCUUCCCAUCAGAGAGAAGUGGAGAAGAUUCUUUGCCAGCACGCAAAGGAGCAUUCUACUUCUAAAGUAGCUGAACUAAACAGCAGAAUUUCAACACAAGAGAUAUUAAUAAAACAUCUGCAGGAACAAAUCAGUGAACAACAGAGACAUCAGGAAGCCCUUCUUGUUUCACAGAUGAGAGAGGAACUCCUACAAAAAGAGGUGACAAAAUUGUUGGAAGAACUGAGAGAGGCUAAGGAGAGCCAGAGUCCUGAAAUGAAACAUUUCUUGGGCCUGGAAAAGAAAAUCAGGCAUAUAGAGACCAGACGUGCAGUAAGAGAGCAAGAAAUUCAAAAGGCAACCCAACUAACACAGCGCGUUACUGAAGCGAGGCAGACCCGUGAGGUUGAGCAGUGGCGAAGACUGGCACAGCAGAAGAAUCAAGAACUGGAGAAAUUUCGAGUGGAAUUGGAUUCAAUAUUAGAUGUUUUACGUGAACUGCAGAAACAAGGGGUUGUUAUUCCUGCACCUAAUUCCGGUGGAUUCAGCGUGGCGGACAGCUGUUGGAAGACAUGAUUAGGUAGGAGUUGAUUACAAAAGCAGAAUUUU